GGUGAGAUUGCAGGAUAUCCUGAUGCUCCUGUGGCAGAGGGUAGCCCUGAGCCUCUAAAGGGUGGAACACCAGAUGUUGCAUACUUCAUUCACGGUUUAGAUGGAUUAGGGGACACAAAUUUACCUCCUCCAAAAUCCAAGAAAAUUGAGAAGACUGCAUCAGAAUUUUUGGUGGAUAUGGUUUCUGAAUAUCCUGGCCAAGUAUCUAUACUGGCACUUGGACCAUUGACAAAUUUGGCUUUGGCUGUCAAAAAGGACUCAUCCUUUGCAAGCAAGGUGAAAAGAGUGGUCAUCCUUGGCGGAUCUUUCUUUGCAUUGGGAAAUGUCAAUCCUGCUGCUGAAGCAAAUAUUUAUGGUGACCCAGAAGCAGCUGAUAUUGUGUUUACAUCUGGGGCAAAUAUUGUUAUUACUGGCAUAAACAUUACAAGACAAGUCAUAAUGACAGAUGCUGACCUUGAUGAAUUGAGGCUGUCUGAGGGAAGACAUGCUCAAUUGUUAAGCACUAUGUGCAAAUUUUACAGAGAUUGGCAUGUUGAGUGUCUUGGAGUCUAUGGGAUUUUCCUCCAUGACCCAGUCAGUUUUGUGGCACUAGUUCGACCUGACCUCUUUACAUACAAGAAGGGGGUUGUGCGAGUUGGAACAGAGGGGAUAUAUAUGGGGCACACACUGCUGGACCAUGAACAAAAAUGGGAUUCAAGCAACCCAUGGUCAGGAUAUGCCCCUGUUUCAGUGGCGUGGACGGUUAAUGUGGACGAAGUUCUUGAUUAUAUUAAGAAACUGUUGAUGGAACCAUGAAAUCUUUUGAAGUUGUGCUCGACACCCACUGAAGAUGUCAAAUACUAAGAAAAUAAAUGUUGGGUUGUCUUCAUUUUCUACUUGAGAUCCCUUGCACUGUUAGUGACAAACCAAAUUUGGGGGGUUGAGUUCUAGUUUGCCGGUCUCCCAUAGCUGAAAGUUUGCUGUAAUAUAUGAAAUAUAUAAACGCAUUUACUUAAUUUACAUCAAUCAAAGUAAAGAUUUUACG